AUGCAUCCCCCGCAGACCUUGGAGGAGGCUCUGGAUGCCUCGGAUAAAUUUAUCCGAGCCGAAGAGUGGAACAAGUCGAAGUCUCAGUCCCAGUCAGGGGCUGGGAAAGCCAAAGGACAAAUGUCUGAGGUUCCAGCGCCGAGGAAAGGGAAGGUCAAGGCCUCAGAACCGUCCUCGGCCACUGAACCGCAAAAAGAAAAGUUUGUCCCCUACGCGGGGCGAUACGAUUCAUACACUCCUCUUACUCUUCCUCGUGCUAAGAUCUACAUCACGACAAAGGAAGAGGGGAGAUUCAAGAGGCCUCGGCCGCUGCCACCAUGGAAUCAGCAAAAGGGCAAAGACCGAUGGUGCGAGUUCCAUGAAUCCUCUAGACAUCGCACCGAGGAUUGCCUUCAGCUGAAAACCCAGAUUGAGGAUCUGGUUCGGAAAGGCUAUCUAAAGAAAUACCUAGCGGAUCGCCGUGAGGAAAAGAAAGCCGAGAGAGACUCUCGGCAAGAUCUUGACUUUCUUCGGAAAAAAGACAAGCAGCAAGACAAGGACACCCUUGACAUUCUUGUUAUUUCUGGAGGAAUAUCUUGGAGCGCAGUGAAAUGCCACAUGAGGGGUCUGACCCACCAAGUCAAUCAUAUUGAGCUCCGGGCGCCUCAGUCUCCGAUGCCGAACAUUCUAUUCACAGCCGAAGACUAUGAGGGGGUGGUUUAUCCCCAUGAUGACCCAUUGGUGAUAGUAAUGGGCAUUGCAAAUUGCAACGUUUGGCGAACCCUCGUCAACGGCGGCAGCGGGGCGAAUAUCCUCUUUCGGGGAGCAUUCGAGCAGCUAAAGAUGGAGGCCAAGCACCUAACUCCGGUACCCUACCCGACAUCAAGAUUUAAUAGCUCUUCAUCAUAUCCGGAUGGGAAGAUCCUCCUUCCUAUCACCAUCGGCAAAGGCCGAGCAGUGCGGAGCAUCAUGGCUGAAUUCUUGGUCGUGGAUGCGCCCUCUAUGUAUAACGUGAUUAUGGGGAAACCCCUCAUUCACGAUAUCCAAGGAGUUGUCUCGACGUACCAUCAAACGAUGAUAUAUGUUUCGGACGAGGGACACUCCGAGAAAAUAAAGGGCAGCCAAAGGGAACCCCGAAGAUGUAACCACCUCAAUCAAUCCAGGGGUCGCCGCAGCGACCAGGAUGAUGAUGAGGAGAAAGAGCGGGACCGUAGCGCAAAAAAGCCUAAAGGCUUAAGUGCUUCGGCCUAA